AAAAAAUGCCGGUAAAAUUUAGUUUGAUGUGAAUUUACUGUCACUCAACUGAAAUUAGGAUUGUAAUAUAUUGUGAUUUAAUUGUUCCUUCCAUUCAAUCGUUAAUUUUGAAUUUUCCAUCCCUUGAUUUCUUAACUGUCUUGAAAAUGUUUAUUUAUUAUGUGGGCCUUUUCAUUUUGAUAGUAUCCAUUAUUGCUAAAUAUGAUGAUGUAAUGUUAUUUGUUUUCACUUCUGUAUCCAGUGAUGUCCUUGUUUUCGAUGAAACCAAAAAAGCAACACUACUGGUAGGCGUACUGUCAGCUCAAUAUAACUUUAGAGCAAGAAAAGUAAUAAGAGAGACUUGGGGACAGCUUACUAAAAACAGGUCUAUUGAAUUGAAAUUUUUGAUAGGUGAUGAAGUUUGUCCUUAUCCUGUUAAAGAUCGAAUCACACCUUUUGGUUGCGAUUUAUGGCUAAUUAAUCAUCCUCCAGAAUCUGAAGAGUUCUCUACAAUGGGUGAUCCAAUCGAAGAAGCAUCUUGUGAUAUUGGAUUUACAUUCCUUGUCAAAACUGGAAUCAUAAUUAAUAAAAUUGGGUUGGAUUAUCAAAUAUUCAAAGGAAACUCAAGUGAAAGAGCUCGAGUUGUGCUUUACGAUAGUAGAUUAGGCAGCAGAGUUGCUUCGGCAACAUUUGUAAAAGAACCAUUAAAUGGUAUAAGAUACUAUAUUAGCAUGGCAUGUGACAUCCUCAAACCUGUAGAGAGAGUUCUAAAUGUAUUUUCUGGAAAUCAGUUUUGCCCAUAAUUCUAGACGAAGGUUUUGAGGGAGAACUAAAAGUGAUCAGUAGCGACAUUGGUAAUAUCUAUUGUGCCCAUCGGCUCCAGUAUAUAGCACCUGUUUACUACUUCGAAACCAUCGAUGAGCAUGAUAAAUAUGUUGAUUUCAAAUUAGGCAACUGGCGUUCGACACUAGUGGGCUUUAACUAUACUUUGAAAGAUGUAAAAGGUUUAGGAGAAAUUUUAGCAGAUAGAACGGAACGUUUUCGUAGAUGGUCACUUGAAAAGUCCUUGAUAAAACAGCAAUUGGAAGAUGAGCAAAUUAAGCACAAUGAUCUGUUGUUUUUGAGUGGAUUUGUCGAUGUUUAUGACAAUCUUUCUUUUAAGGUUUCGGCUUUUUUUAAAUGGGUCAUGAUUGAGGACCAUUGGAAAUAUGUCUUGAAGACGGACGAUGAUGUGUUUUUGGAUCUGGCUCUCAUCGAGAAAGGUCUGAAAAAUGAAUUUGAACUUUGGACCUGCCUUCGGUCCGAAGUCCCAAAUCAUUCGGGAAAAUGGCGAGACAGGUAUUCGAGUGAAUAUCCUCUUUUCCCUUCUGGGUCAGGUUACGUUUUGUCUUUGGAAACUAUUAAAAAGUUGCGUUUCGAAGCAAAAAGUAAACUUGGAGAGGACGUCAUGAUGGGCUAUGCAAUAGAGGAUCUGAAAAAACCGACUAAUGAAACUUGUUUUUGGGCAUGUGGACCACUGCGAGCCAACAGCCCUGAAUGUAACGUUCCAGAGCUAUCUUCAAAUGAACUUGUGUUAUUUUGGAAUCUUUAUAAAGAAUUUGGUUAUAUACCUAAUGAAGAUGAAAUAUAAAAAAUAUACUUCA